AUGGUUUCUGUUAGAAAGAGAAAGAUGAAUCGUUCCGGUGUGGCCAAGGUGCGCCGGAAAAACAACAACAAGGAUAAGUUCAAUCCAAAAUCUAAUCCUGUCAUUUCCAAAUAUUGGGAUAAGGAUCUCACUGCCAAGCAAAAUUAUAAGAAGCUUGGGUUGACUCUGAAAAUCGGCGGACCUAGUGGAGGAGAGGAGAAGAAAAUUGUGAUCAAGCCCAUCCAUCAUAACAACAUGGAGGAGGAUUUGCUUGAGUCUGAAGACGAAAGUAAAGAGGAGCUGGAGCAGGAAGGAGCAGAGGAGGAGUUGGAUCCUUAUGAUCCGGCAAAUAUUUUGGAAGGUACUGCCAAAAUGGUAAGGAACGAGCAGGGUGAGGUGGUGAAGAUUAUCUACGGUACAAAGAAAAUCACGAAGACGGGUACUGGUGCUAGUGACUCCCAAGAUAAAGAAGACGAGGACGAGGAAGAGGAACAAACAGAGGAGGCAAAGAAAGUCAUUGCAGAACUAGAGGCAUUGGCUGCGCUUCCAAAGAAGAAAGAGGUACAUAAGAUGAACGAACUAGAGAUUUAUAGGUAUGAGAAACUUAUCGAAAAGUAUGGUGAUGAUUACGAAAAGAUGAAGUGGGACAAAAAACUCAACCCAUUUCAACUAAGUCCGGGUCAACUUCGAAAGCAAAUUAAAAAGUAUCUGGAGCUGCAUGCUACUGUCAACUGA